GCUCUCUCUCUUUCUCUCGCCUCACAGCCGCCGUCAGUGCUACUCUCGUUUCUCGCCAAAAGACAAGUUUGAUCACGAUGCGGCUCAUCACACACAACCUGCUCGCGUGCCACGCACGAACCUGCACACAGACGUCCAACAACUUCCCGUUGCGCUUUGAGCAGAUCACCAAGCUGGAGCUCAUCGAGGCCGACUUCAACGAGGCCUUUGUCCGCGGCUUUCUUCCCAAGGUCGACUGGGACGCCCUCGUCUCGGCCGCACGCUCCCUCGGCAGCGACGUCGGUGAAGGUCUGCCAAAGUCGGCGCCGGAUCUCGAUGACCCGAUGCUCGACCAAGAGCUGCUGAAGAAGGUCCACCAUGUGCUUCUCGAGAUGCACAUCGUAGAGGGGCAGAUGCUGUGCCCGAACUGCUCUCACGUCUUCCAGAUCCGAAAUGGAAUCCCAAAUAUGCUCCUCGCCGAGCACGAGCUGGCGCGGUGACAGCGCCAGGGAACAUAGACCAACGACAGAGCGACAUUUGUACUUUUAUUCAUGCGUGCGGCAAUCAUACAUCAACUCAGGCAGACGAC